GGGCCAGGAUUGGCUGAUUCUAGAGACUCCCGGCCCCCUAGCUUCUACUGUCACGUGGGGUGCGCUGUUUUCUUAUCACGUGGCUGCCACCCAGUAUAGGCUGCAUGCGGGGCGGUCGAGCGUCCGCAGCUGUACUCGGCGGAGGGGCCGCUCUGUUCCUGUCUUGUCUUUGGAUGCCUGCGUUGCUGCCUGUGGCCUCCCGCCUUCUGUUGCUACCCCGAGCACUGCUGACCAUGGCUUCUGGAAGCCCCCCGUCCCAGCCCACUAGGGCAUCUGGCUCUAGCUAUGUUCCAGGAUCGGUUUCUGCAGCCUUUGUCACUUGCCCCAACGAAAAGGUCGCCAAGGAAAUUGCCAGAGCUUUGGUGGAGAAGCGCCUAGCAGCCUGCGUCAACCUCAUCCCUCAGAUUACAUCCAUCUAUGAGUGGAAGGGAGAGAUGGAAGAAGACAGUGAAGUGCUGAUGAUGAUUAAAACCCAAAGUUCCUUGGUCCCAGCCUUGACAGAUUUUGUUCGUUCUGUGCAUCCUUAUGAAGUGGCUGAGGUGAUUGCCUUGCCUGUGGAACAGGGGAACUCCCCCUACCUUCACUGGGUGCGCCAGGUCACAGAGUCAGUUUCUGACUCCAGCACAGUCCAACCAUGAUGAGCCCUGUUCCUGCCAUGAUUCUUUUUUUUUUUUUUAAAUUAUCUACACAUGACAUUACAAUGAUCUUGGCAAUUCAUACAUUUGUAUCAUUGGGGUCUGCCAUGAUUCUUUAAUUAAAAAAAAAAUAACACUCUUGACUUCCACGUGAUGAUGAUGACUGGGCCCCUAAUAAAUCCUGUCUGGUUCUUA